CCCGGCGUCUUGUCCCCAGUGUAUGCCUCAUCUCAAGGAUCGCCCAAGGAUCCUCAUCUCGUCCAGCGUCCAACAGCAAUACUCAGCACAGUCAUGAUCAAGUACGUGUGGCAUGUGGCUGCUCUGAUGAUCGUCUUCUGUUGGCUCUCCAGUGCACGCAGUGCCACCUACCAACAUCAGAACCCAAACAGUCUCAGCUCAGCUCCUCGGCCUCAAGCCCAAAGCAGUAACCCCGAAAUCGGUUAUACGGGCUUCUGGAAGGACAUGUCGCUGGUCUAUCGCAUCUACCAGCAGUGCUCGGGCGAUACCAUGUCCGUUUGCCUAAAGGUUAAACUGCUUACCGGCUUGGAGAAGGCCUUCCGAUCGGCAAAGUCUCUCCCGCUCAUGGAGGGCAUUCAGUUCGUCAGUUCUGGUAUCAAAAGUGAGGAGACCAAAAGAGCUACUGUCAGCGAAAAAGACAUUGAAGCCGUCUUGCCGAGAAGCGUGGACGCCAAGGAGCAGGUCCUAAACAACAUGAUCCUAAAGCGGGUGGGCAACUUCCUACAGGAUCACACGCUGCAGGUAAAAUUCGACAACGAGGCAAAUUCGGUGGAGGGUCGCAAAAAAAAGGAAAAGAAGGGUAACGGCGCCAUGAUCAUGAUCCCCCUUCUGCUGGGCGGCACCAUUGUGCCCCUGGCCUACGGUGCCUUGGCCAUGUUGGCGGGAAAGGCGCUGAUCGUGUCCAAGCUGGCCCUGGUCCUGGCCUCAAUCAUCGGUAUCAAGAAGCUGCUGAGUGGAGGCGGCGGCGGAAAGGAGUCCUCCCACGAGGUGGUCGUCUCCUCGGGAGGCCAUUCCGGCUGGGGUCGGGAGCUGGACACUGCCUACAGCGGAUGGAAGCCGGCGGCCAAGGAGUCGACGGGCAGCGCCAAGAGCCUGUGA